AUGCUCGUCUUUUGGUUCGCCUUCGUGUCGCUACGGCGCGCGCUGGCGACGCCGUCGCUGCGCCUCGGCCACGGCCGCCGCUUCGUCGUCGAGGACGACCGCUUCGUCAAGGACGGCGCGCCCUUCGUGCUGCGGUCCGGCAGCGUGCACUACUCGCGCGUGCCGCGGGCCUACUGGCGCGACCGGCUGCUGCGCGUCCGCGCGCUCGGGCUCAACGCGGUGACGACGUACGUGCCGUGGAACCUGCACGAGACCGAGCCGAACGCCUUCGACUUCGCCGGCGCGAAGCACGUCGGCGCCUUCCUGGACGAAGCGAAGGACGCGGGGCUCCUCGCGAUCCUGCGCGUCGGCCCCUACAUGUGCGGCGAGUGGGAGUUCGGCGGCUUCCCCGCGUGGCUCCUCCGGGAGAACGCGACGCUCCGCACCUACGACCCCGCCUACCUCUCCUACGUCGACCGCUACUGGCGCCAACUCCUGCCGCAGUUCCGAAACCGCCUCUAUUCCGCGGGCGGCAACGUCGUCGUGAUACAGCUGGAGAACGAGUUCGGCGACUACGGCGACUGCUCGAAGAACGAGAACGACGCGCGCUACAUGCGGCACCUCUACGACCUCGCGACGCAACACCUCGGCACGGACGUCAUCUAUUCCACGGUGUCGCCCGCGCGGAACCUCGACCGCGCGUCGCCGUGGCGCGACGACUCGCGCGUGCUCGCGACGGUCGACGGCGGCCUCGCGGAGGGCUACGCCGCGGACUUUGCUUUGCAAAAGGCCUUCAACGCGCCGGGCCACUCGCCGAAGAUGUGGACCGAGCUCUGGACGGGCUGGUACACGCACUGGGUCGACGCGAGGGCGGCGAACAAGACGGCGGAGGAGUACGGCUCCGGCGUCGCCGCGAUGGCGCGCGAGCCGAACGCGUCGUUCUCGCUCUACAUGGCGCACGGCGGCACGUCCUACGGCUACUGGAGCGGCGCCAACGACCUCGCGCCCGGCGGGCCGACCUUCGCCGCGGACGUGACGUCCUACGAUUACAACGCGCCCGUCGGCGAGGCGGGCGACCACACCGUCGGCGCCGACGGCGGCGACACCUUCGCCGCGAUCCGCGACGCCAUCGCCGCCGUCUACGGCGCGCCGCCGGACGAGCCGCCGGCCGUGCCGAAGCGGGCCUACGGCGCCGUCGCGCUCGCCGAGGCCGCGAAGCUCCUCGACCACGUCGACGCGCUCGCGACGUGCGCCGAGACGCUGCCGAGCGGCGGCGCCUGGCCCUCGAUGGAGGAUCUGGGACAAAACUACGGGUUCCUGCUCUACUCGCAGGCGACGCCAUCGCCAUCGCCGCAGACGCUCGCGUUCGACGAAGAGUCCCUGCACGAUCGCGUCCACGUCUUCGUCGACGGCGAGCUCUCCGGCGUGCCCCGGUUCCGCCCGGACUGCGGCGCGUCGUGCGCCGUCGACGUCCCCGGGGGCUCGGACCUGCGGCUCCUCGUGGAGAACAUGGGCCGCAUCAAUUAUGGCGCUCGAGCCGCGGAGCGCCGGGACCGCAAGGGCCUGCUGAAGCGCGUGGGAGACCUGGACCGCGUGACGUGCCUGCCCCUCGACCCCGCCGCGGUCGCCGGGCUGCCCUUCCGGCCGCUGGACGGCGCGGCCACGGCGUCGCCCGUGUUCCUUCGCGGCGUCCUGACCAUCGACGGCGCGCCCGCGGACACGUACCUCGACACGCGCGGCCUCUCCAAGGGCAUCAUCUGGCUCAACGGCCGCAUGCUCGGGCGCUUCUGGGAGACCGCGGGGCCGCAGCACGCGCUCUACGCGCCGGCGCCCUUCUUGAACUCGGGCAAAAACGACGUCAUCGUCCUCGACCUCGACGGGAAGCAGCCGCCGGCGCUCCAGUCGCGCGCGAGCCAGCGCUGGGCUUCCUAA